AAUUUGAGAUUUACUCUAGUAUCACUCUCUAAGCUCUCUAACCACUGCCUCCAAAUUCUUCAUUCAAUCCUAAUCAUAAUAAUAAUAAUCAGCACCUACAUUUUUAAUGUGAAAGUGGAGCAAAUAGUUAGAUAUAUAUAUAUAAACAGGGUCCCCUUUGAAGGAGUUGAAAGAAUUUGAAUAAACAGAUGGAAGGACUUGGUCUUCAAAAGCUUAUGAAGGCCACUCCAAAGGCUUUGGUUAAGAUCAAUUUGGUCUUCCUUGCUUUAUUUCUGGUUGUUUACGCAGCUCUUCUUCUCCGGCCAAAUUCUUCACUCUAUUUUGAGAAUGCAGGCUCGCUUGUUAGGUGUUCAUUGCGCGAGUGCCAUCACAAGGUGGACACUCUUAAAAUGAAGGUGGUGUUGGAGGAGACUCAAGCCAAUUCACAAAAGCCCAAGGGAAACCUGAGUGAGCUAGAAAUGCCAAACUUCUUGAAUAAAAUGGGGAAAGGAAUGAAGAUUGGAAUGGUCAACAUGGAUCACAGAGAUGUGAGUAAAUGGAGCAUACACAGUGAAACUAUACCAAUCAAAUUUGAAAGGGUCUCAGAGUUAUUUGAAUGGAAAGAUUUGUUCCCUGAAUGGAUAGAUGAAGAGGAAGACACAGACGUGGCAACAUGUCCCGAGAUACCAAUGCCAGAUUAUAGAAUCUAUGACAAUUUGGACAUGAUAGUAGCUAUACUGCCAUGCAAGUUUCCAGAAGAGGGCUGGGCAAGGGAGGUGUUCAGACUCCAAGUCCAUCUUAUUGUGGCAAAUUUGGCUGUAAAAAAAGGGAAGAAGGAUUGGUAUAGUAGGACAAAGGUUGGGCUAUUGAGCAAGUGUAGGCCAAUGAUGGAGUUGUUUAGAUGUGAGGAUUUGGUAAAACAAGAAGGUGAUUGGUGGUUUUUUGAGCCAGAGAUGGGGAGGUUGGAGCAGAAAGUUUCAUUGCCUAUUGGGUCUUGCAAAUUAGCUCUACCCCUAUGGGGACAAGGUAUCCACGAAAUCUACGACCUCUCCAAGAUCCAAAGCUCUACAAUAACACCAAAAAAAGAAGCCUAUGCCACUGUUCUUCAUUCCACAGAAGCCUACGUUUGUGGUGCCAUAACCUUAGCCCAAAGCCUCAUCAAAACUGGAACCAAGCGUGACCUACUCAUGCUCAUAGACAACUCCAUCUCUAUAUCCAAACGCAAUGCCCUCGUCGCUGCCGGAUGGACUCUCCGAAUCAUCGAACGUAUCAGAAACCCUAGAGCCGAAAAUGGCACGUACAAUGAGUACAACUACAGCAAGUUCCGACUUUGGCAACUCACUGACUAUGACAAAGUCAUAUUCAUCGAUUCAGACAUCCUCGUACUACGUAACCUCGACUUGUUAUUCCAUUUUCCUCAAAUGACAGCCACUGGCAACGAUGUUUCGAUCUUCAAUUCCGGCAUCAUGGUUAUUGAGCCUUCGAAUUGCACGUUUCGAGUUUUCAUAGACCGUACAAAGGACAUAAUUUCGUACAAUGGUGGUGACCAAGGUUUCCUUAACGAGGUCUUCGUGUGGUGGCAUCGUUUGCCGAGGAGAGUGAACUACUUGAAGAACUUUUGGGCUAACACAACGUUGGAAGCGACCGUGAAGAACCAUUUGUUUGGAGCUGACCCACCACAAGUUUAUUCUAUACAUUAUUUAGGGUUGAAGCCAUGGCUUUGUUACAGGGACUAUGAUUGUAACUGGGACAUUGGGGACCAACGUGUUUAUGCAAGCGAUGUGGCACACCAAAGGUGGUGGAAAUUUCACGAUGAUAUGGAUGAAGGGUUGCAAAAGUUUUGUGGGUUAACGGAACAAAGGAGGAUUGAGUUGGAUUGGGAUAGAAUGAAAGCUAGAAAGAUGGGUUUGGCUGAUAAGCAUUGGGGGAUUAAAAUUACAGAUCCUAGACGAAAGCAUUUGAUUACAUAGAAUUUUGUAAUAAUUCUCUCUCAUUUUUAUUUUUUUACUUGAUUUUCCUUUUUUUUGUUUCACUUAAUUUAUGUGUGAAUAGAUUGUCACGAGAGAAUGCUUAUGAGACAUUGGGAGUUCUUAGUCGUUAUAUUUAUUUUUGCAGGGAUUUAUGUCUCAUUUUUUUUUUUUCCUUUUUUUUUUUCACUUAAUUUAUGUGUGAAUAGAUUGUCAUGAGAGAAUGCAUAUGAGACAUUGGGAGUUCUUAGUCGUUA